GGCCAGUGUGUACUGUGCAAGUGUACGUAAUGAAAUGUCCUCCACCGUGCUCAAGAAAAGAGCUCCGCCUCGAUCUGGGACGUUUAUGUGACAUGAGCUGUAUGUAUAGUAUUCUUUUCAAUAUAACACACCGAGGACGCUUCUAAACAUAGACGGAUAGUCGAUUUCCCUGCUACUUUUCUUCCGCAAACAUCUCCCUAUGUCGCAUUUCAAGAAGACACCGCGUCCUGAUGACGUCCCUGCUGACACCGCAUCGCGUCCUCCCCCACCUUCUCGUCCGCAUCUCCUCCGCUCUCCUCCGGUAUCUUCGUCCCAGGCCUGGCCGCCCACUGAUGCUGUGAUCCGGUAAAGACAGGAUGGUGCGCAUCGCCAGCGCGCUGGGGCUCGUCAUGUUCAGCGUGGCGCUGCUCAUCCUGUCCUUCAUCAGCUACGUGUCCAUUAAGAAGGAUUUCCUUCUCGGAACUCCUAGAUAUGGACCGAACGGGGGACCCAGGAUGUACAUGUUCCACGCCGGGUAUCGCGAAAGACCACCUCGCAAACCUGACCUGAGCUCCCAGCUGGCACUGAAGUAUUUGGAUCCGGCUUUCACGCCACUCACCAAUGCUCUUAGCGAGGACCUGCAGAACUCGUCUAAAUGGAGGUAUAACAGCACAGCUUUCAUCCAGCAGAGGAAAGAGAUCUCUCAGUACAUCGACAUUCCUCACAACUUCACGCUGACACACGACUCAGUGCGCAUUGGCCAGCUGAUGCAUUACGACUACUCCAGCCACAAGUACGUCUAUUCCAUCGGCGAGAACUUCCGCUCACUCCUCCCGGACGUUUCGCCCAUUCUUAACAAGCGCUACAACGUCUGCGCCGUCGUCGGCAACAGCGGCAUCCUCACCGGCUCGCGAUGCGGUGCCCAAAUUGAGAAGUUUGACUUCGUCUUCCGAUGCAAUUUUGCCCCGACGGAGCUCUUUAAGAGAGAUGUUGGCCGGCGCACCAACAUGACAACUUUUAACCCGAGUAUCUUAGAAAAAUACUACAACAACCUAUUGACUGUGCAGGACAGGAAUAACUUCUUCCUGAGCUUGAAGAAGCUGGAUGGUGCCAUUCUGUGGAUCCCAGCAUUCUUCUUCCACACAUCAGCCACAGUGACCAGGACACUGGUGGACUUCUUUGUGGAACAUCGGGGUCAGCUGAAGGUCCAGCUGGCCUGGCCUGGAAACAUCAUGCAGCACAUAAACAACUACUGGAAAACCAAACAACUGUCGCCAAAGCGUCUGAGCACCGGCAUCCUGAUGUACACACUGGCGUCUUCUAUGUGCGACCAGAUCCAUCUGUACGGCUUCUGGCCUUUCGGCUGGGACCCCAACACGGGGAAAGAGCUACCGUAUCACUACUACGACAAGAAGGGCACCAAGUUCACCACCAAAUGGCAGGAGGCACAUCAACUACCUGCUGAGUUCAAACUCCUCUAUAAGAUGCACACUGAGGGACUGCUGAAGCUCAGCCUCUCCCACUGCGCUUAGACAUCAAACUGCAGGAGGUGUCUGACUAUUUCAGUUGUCGUAAGCCAAUCCUCCAUGGGCUCGAGUCAUAAAAGGAACCAGUAAGGCAAGGACUGAUAAAUGUGGCGCAAUCUUGGCAGCACAGUGUACCUGUGUUAUUUUAGCACAGGAUUGCAGAGCCCAUCACCAUCAAGCUGUGUUGGUCAGUCAACACACACACAAGGACUCCAGCUAUUUAGGUGUUGAUGCACUUUAAGAGCAUUUCAAAAACCAUAGUGCAUGGUCUUUUGCUCAGUUAUUGGACCUAAAACACAUACACCGCAGUCCAUGCAUCACUAACUUCCACCAAGCGAGAAAGCUUGGCAACUAGCGGGCCUCAUCAUCAAAGGGUGAUGAGGAUCUGGAUAAAGGUGAAAAUACAACAGUUUAUUUUUUGUGUUUGUCAGUCAUCUCCCAGGAACCAGCAAUUCAAAAUCUAGGCCUUUGUGGAAGUCUGUGCUCUACUGGAGUUUAUUAAAGCAGUGCUAAUUUCUGCAUGGAUGCCUAGAAGCGAAGAAGGGAACUAUCAGGUGGUCUCUCGUACAGUAACAAUAUUUGCACAACACUUCAAGGGCAAAUCUGUGUUUUCAUAAAACAUCAAAAGGCCUGGUGAAAGUGUUUGGUGUGUGAUAUUAGACAGCAGUAGACGCCGUGUCAAGAACAGUGAGUAUAAAACUAGCAAUAAUGCAUCUUCUCAUUACAUUCUCAUCAGUAAUUUGCGGUUGCGCAGUGUAUUUCACGUCGGUGAGCAUGUGUGAGAAGCAGUGAAACGCUAUGAAAUAAUGUCUUGGUUUUUUCACAUUCAUUUUUCAGAGAUCCAAAAUUCUCGAAAGAACCAACUCAGUACAGGAAUGAAAUGAGGUGGUUAUUGGUGCGUCUAAGUCCAAGCAUGUAUAAAUAGCAAUAAAUAAGUGAAAGGGGCACACAGUAUACCGUUCUAAGUGGAUUAAGAUGUUGUUCAACCAGUGUUUCCCACAGGACUGCAAUCUAUUUGUAGUGGUAGGUGUUGGGGGGGGGCAAAUGGCUCAUUUUAACAUUGCUCAUGGCGUCAUUGUCUAAUUUGCAUAACUGGCCAUGACCCAUGUGCUUGUAAUUGAAGUGGACCCUGUAGGAGAGAGGAAUAACGUGGCAGAGACAAAAAGUGACUUAAAAAAACCAUGAAAAGCAAAUCAAAUAUGUUGGGCUGUCUUCUGUCGCUUCUUUCUGUUGAUUUUAUUUAACAACACCUUUGAGUGCUCUGAGAAGGGGGAGGGGCCCACAGCAACACCCGCUAGUCACAGCGUCCCUAGUGGACUCUGAAACAUGUUGUCAACACAGAUCCCUCCUGCUACGUCUUCUUAUUCUCUGGCAGACCAGGUGUGUGUGAGGUGUGUUAAGAAGCCACCACAGGAAGAACCAUCAGUUAAAAAAAACAACAAGGAGCUCAUGAACAACUACUACUACUGCUAUAUUGGGUGAUACGGGUGUAAAAGUGACUAUAGGGGUGUUAUGUCAUGUCUAGAGGGCUCUAAUAAUGUUUUAAAAGCAUAUUUAGGUUUUCUAUACUCUAACUAUGAAAGUAUUCAAAUUAUUAAGGAGGAAUCCUACUUAUAUUCAGUUAUCACAGAACCAGGUGAUAAACGAGGGAUUACUUUACUGUUGGGUUUAAAUUGGUAACCCAGUCCGAACCAGUAGGUUAUCAGGUGAAAAGAACUGGUGGCUAUUUCACAAAGUUCAGUCAUUCAGUUAUUGUUUGCCGUCAUUGGCUGUCCCAUUGGCUGCCUGUGACAACACACACAAUGGUUUGCAUUAUACAUGUAUAUGUUAUGGAUAUUGUACAUGUACCUCUGUGAGUAGGGAUGUGCUCCUGUCGACUGUGAUAUGUGUAAGGAUGUACAAUGUUAUUUUUUUUUGGCCAGAUGAAUUUUAAUUUCAGGUGGUUUGAUUCUGUCCAUAUCUUGGUGUUAUUGUCCCCCAAAUGGCCAUGGAUGCAACAUGUUGUCACAAGAACGCUGAUCAAAAGCACUUCAUUAAGUUCAUUAAUUCAUUACAUGCAGCGCAUUGCUUUUCAAAGUGAAGCCGACUGAAUUUGCAUGAGAACAAUUUGGAGUUGCACAAAAAUAUAGUGAAACCUUGUACUCCCCUAUUUUUUGAACGACUCGGUUUUCAGCGACAAUUUUUGACGAAAUUUUGUCCCAGUUGUCAUACGGUUUUUGGUACUGCGGGACAUUACACGAACAAACUAGUCCCGGGCAACCUUUGUUUGAAUCGAGUGUGACUGGCAAAUAACCUAAAAUGAAGCCAAAGAAAGUUGCGAUUGCCAGCACUUUGAUAAAGAAGACGAGAAACACUAUUGAGUCCAAGAAAGAACUCAACACAAUUUACGAAAGUGGCCAAUCUUGCCAGGACGCAUGGGGAAACUUCCAUCCUAGCGGAGAAAGAAGAAAUCAAGGAAACUAAUGUUGUAAAAGGGGUGAAACACAGAUCACAAGGCCAGAGAUGUUGAGAAGUUGUUGGUAUGGGUCUCCUCCUCUUGCUCCCUUCUUCGCUUCAUGUUAUUGUUUGCUGUAUGUUAAACUAUAAAUAUUAUCAAUAACAAUUCAUUUUUUGUUAAUAUUUUGGGUGUCUGGAAGAAAUUAAUUGGAUUUACAUCAUUUCUUAUGGGAAAAAUCAUUUUGUUUGUCAUACAUUUCGCUUUUCGGUGGACUUUUUGGAAUUAAUUAGUAACGUAAACUGAGGUUUCACCGUACUGUAAAGUCUGGACAUGUCUGGUAUUUCUAGAGAUAAGUGAAUACAUGAUAUACUAUGUGAGGUAGACCACUUACUUACAAUGUUUUUAAUGAUGCUAAGACAUUUUUGACAAGCAUACGCUUCCAACUUCGUGGUAACAGCCUGGUGAAGGUACUCGGUGCACAAAGCAAGGGCCAUAAAGGCAUGCUUGGAUGAAUUUGGUGUGGAAGAACUUGACUCACAGAUGUUCUUCUGGGUGAACAUACAAAAAUUCUUGUAGAAAGUCUUCCCAGAAGCUGAUUAAAAGAGUAUUUUUAUCCAUAUAGCGACUAUAGGAGGAAAAACAGUGAUGUCAUGUUGAAUAUGUCCAACAUGUUCCUCUUAUUUUGCAGCAUAUCGGUGGUUGCAGAACGUCAGGAUGCGGUGGUUAUCAUGAUUCAAAUACCGUUACAGUAUUACGUGCGGCUAUUGUGAGCAAUUCACUGGCAAGUCAUGUGAUGGGUAACAAUUGACAGUGUAACUGAAAAUGAUAAUUUUCUGUAUCCAGCAUCAAAUAUGAAUGUACAGACCUUCCAAGUGUCAGCUACAAGGAAUGUCUCAAACAAGGACUAUUUUAAGAAUUUUGGUGUGUUUUUUUUUUCUUAUUUUAAUUUUUUCCACACACAAAUUCCUUCUUAAAUGAUAUUAAAUGAGAUUCAAAGUCAGUUUAUAGUCUGGAUUUGAAUUUUAACCAGUUUAUUUCAAGUUCUUCAUUUGCAACUUUUAUUUUUGUAGUACACAUACUCAUGUAAACAGUGUCAUUUCUUCCUGAAUGUGCUUCAUGCAUUUUGGAAUAAAAAG